AGAAUAAAAACCUCGCAGGCAUAUUAAUGUACAAUGUCAGUACUGUUGUUGGUAUGUCUAUGUAUUAAGAACAUUGACGGAGCUCCUAAAUUCGGAAAUGCACUCUAUGACCCAUUAAUGUAUGAAGCGAUGAAGCAUGGAUUGGAGUACAAUAAUCCACCUCACGUGCAGGCUAGAACACAAGAUAAUGAAUUUGAUGGUCCUGAUGACGAUGACUAUUUAGAAAAUUCAGAUGAUGAAAAGGCUACUUCAACGGUUCUUACACCACUAAAUGAAUCUCAAAAUGACUCAAGAAUCGAAACUAUAAACGCUCACACCGAAGAGACAACCAACGAGUCAACUACUAUCAUCGAAGUUACGACCGGCAAAACAAACCAAAGUAGUCCAUUAAACAAUCUCCUACAAAGCUUAGCCAAAAACGCAACUAAGCUCGUAGAUCAAACCACCGCCACUCUUUCGGAAGCUCCUAAAAACGUAAAAACCAUCGCUAUAGCCAGAAGUAGCUGUGCCUCUUGUGUUGGUAACGUACAAAACUAUCAUCCGCUGGCAUUACGACAAGGAGAUGCUGGCGGUGAUAGCGUAAAAAAAUCUGGGUAUGACUAUGACGAGAAUAUGUGUAAAAUUAUAAACGGCAGAAUAUUGUGCGGCUACAACAAAAACGUCGGUGAGAUCCAGGAUGAUACAGUUAUAUUAAAUAUUGACAGUAACUGUCAAAUGCGUGAUGACAGAAUAGAAUGUGGAAGCUCAAGUUCAACGUCGCGUGGAAGAAGACGUUCAAUUGAGUGAUACAAAUGGACCAGCUUUUGACAAAAACAUUGACAGAAAUUAUCUACAAAAUCCAAAUAGUAUUAAAGAAAAAAAUGAACCCCACGUCGAAGUAACUUCAGAUGCUUCCAAUUACAAAAGAGUUACUAGAUGUGUGGAGAUUGGAGAUCGCAUAGUGUGUUAUAAUAUACAAUUAAAUGACAUAACGCCUCAUAUGUAGUGCUAUUUUUACUAUGUGUUUUUAAGUUAUUUAUUAAUGACAAUAAGUGGAAGGAUGAAACAGUGUACUUCUCUUAGGUGUAUUUUUAAAUUAUUAUAUGUUGUUAUAAACGCUGUUUCAGUAAAUUAUUUCUUUGACGUAGGUGCAAUUUUUUGUGCCUAAUAUUUAAUAAACGCGCUAUGCGAU